UUAAUCCAUUUGAAGCCAACUUAUUGUUUGUUUAUUUUAUUAUUAAAAUUUCAAAACAAUUGAAUAAAUUUUUGUUUGUUUGCGGAAGUGAUUCAAACAAACAAAAAAUAACUAAAUUGUUUACCCAAUUGUUUUGUAACCAACUUGUAGUUGUCAUCGUCGUCACCGAAAUGGCGGGCAAUUUGCGGGACGUACUCACGAGCGUCGAGUUAUUGGUCAAGAAGAUGAAAGACAAGCGCGACUUCAUAUUGGAUCAGUUGAAUGGCCGACGAUGUGUGUCCACCACUCAUAUGGCUUUGUUGAUCAACUCGUUUGUCGACCAACUGCUGGACGACUCGGAUAUUAAACCCGAAGAGGUGUUGGCCACCGAUGACAAGACAAACGAUGGACAAUGUCAUCACCGUCGUCGUCGUGAUGGUGACAACAACAGUACGAAUCGUGUUGUGGACACAACAGCCGAAGUUAAGCUGAAGAGUACUAUCAAGACUUUGGAGGACAAACUCGCAGAAUCUGUGAAUGAAUGCAAAAAUAUUGAAAAUGAUUUGCAAAAGAAGACAAAAAAGUUUGAGACAAAAGAGAGACAAUAUCUGAAACAAAUCAAUGAACUCAUGUCACAACUCGACAGCUCUAAAGAAUUGGAGACCGAUUUGAAGACACGAAUCAAUGAUUUGAAUCACAGAUUGUAUUCAAAUAAAAGACAGACAUUUGAGGAAAGUGUUAGACAAGAGAUAGAGGAAGAGCUCAAUAGACGUAAAUUGAGUUUGAAGUCAUCUGACGAUUCGCCAGACAAGAAACAAGACGUGAAAAAGACUAGAUUUUCAUUACAAGAAGUUCGCGAUACCACUGACUCGGAUACAGAAACCGGUGAAAAUCAAUUGAUCAAAGAGUGUCUCAAAUCUAAACUAUCGAUAUCUUUGGAAAAAAUGAGUGCUUUAGAAAUACAGAUUAUUGACGAUGAAGAUGACAACAGUUCUACUGAUUCCUCAACAGUUAUUGUCGACACUGUCAUUGACAACAAUAAUAAUAGUAACAAUAAUAAUAGUAACAACAAUGACAACAACAAUGACAACAACAAUAAUAACAACAAUGACAACAACAAUAACAAUGAUACGAAUGACAACAAUGACAAAAAAAAUAUAAAUUGCAAAUCCUAUUCAAUUACUAAAGAGAUAAAUGGCAAAAUUUUAGACUAUUCUUGUAAUUAUUGCAAAUAUGAGACCAAAUCGGUAAUUGCUAUUCGUAUACACUGCCGAAAAUGUAAACAACAAUCAGCCAAAACUAUUGAUGAAUUUUAUUGUGACGAAUGCUCGAAGAAAUACACCACCAAAUCGUCGCUUAAUAAACAUAAAUCUAAAAAACAUAAUAAAUUUAUUAAAAAUAAUGAUCAGACACUAGAAUUGCUAAACGAUAAGAGCACCACAAAUCGGAAGCUGAGGAGGAAUCGCAAACAGACAACACAUUUUACCAUUCAAUUUGACAAAAGAUGUAAACGUAUUAAAGAAGAAAUGGUUUAA